AUGCCUUCUCCCGCCGCAGGAAAGAGUGACACCCCCCGCACUCCUACCAAGCUUGGCAGGAAGCCCCAGCAGUCAGCUCCCAAGCUGAACAAGCCGCAAUCGCAGGCACCAGACACACCUGACGUUUCCGAGAAGGCCCAGUCGGCUGUCGAUGACACAAAGAACCAGGCACAAGACACUGCCGAGGAUACCAAGGAGGAAGCGCAGGAUACUGCCGAAGACACCAAGGAUACAGCAGAGGAGACCGCGAAAGAUACCCAGAAGAAGGCGGAAGAUACUGCUGAAGACACCAAGAAGCAGAAGCAGGUAGAAGAUACCGCCGAUGAUGCCGAGGACACUGCCGAAGACACAACCGGCAAGGUCUCCCAAAAGGGCGAUGAUCUCUCAGAGGCCGAGCCCAAGCCCAUCGACGACGACGAAGAUGAGGAGGCCGAGGAGACUGAAGACGACGCCACACAGAAGGCUGGUGACGAUGCCGAAGACACAGUCGACAACACUGAAGAUGAUGCCACAGACACUGCCAGCAAGGCUGGUGAGGGCGCAUUGAGCGGUGCUCGUGGUCUCGCUGGCCGCGCUUCAAACCUUGCGGGCAAGGCCUCCAAGGACCCCAAGGGUGCUGUUGAGGAUGUUACUGAGCAGUCUCAAGACAAAUCUGCUCUGGACGCCGCUGACGAUGCAACCGACGCUGCGAAGAACACUGUUCAGGAGGGUCAGGAUGCAGCUGAAGAUGCUACCGACGAUGUCAAGGACAAGGCCGGUGACGCAGCUGACGACGUCGAUGACAAGACAGACGAUGUUGCUGGCGACGUCGACGACAAGACAGACAAUGUUGCUGGUGACGUCAAGGACAAGGCCGACGACGUCAAAGAUACCGCGGAAGACGCAAAGGAGGGUGCUCAGGAUUCCGCCGACGAUGUCAAGGACUCCGUUGAGGACCAGGCCGAUGGUCUCGAUCUGAGCAUUCUCAAGGGUCUUGAGGUUGAUGAGGAGGGCCUCAUCAGCAAAGACGGCAAGCCCGUCGGCCGCCUUGUUGAGGGCGACGCCGAGGAUCUUGCUGGCUACCCCAUUGGCGAUAAUGGCGAGAUUCUCGAUGACGAUGGUGAUCUCGUUGGUCGUUGCGAGCUCCUCCCUGAGGACCAGCUUCCUGAUGAGCUCAAGAAGGGUGCCGACGCUGGCCCCAAGAUGCCUCCUCUCAGCAUCCUCAAGGACUUGACCGCCGACAAGACUGGUCAGAUCCUGAACGAGGAUGGCGACUUCGUUGGUCACCUCGUCGAGGGCGACCCAGCUGACAUCCAAGGCAAGCAGUUCAAUGAGGACGGCGAGAUCCUGGAUGACGAUGGUAACGUCAUCGCCCGUGCCGAGCUCCACCCUGAUGCCGCCGACCUCGUUGACGAUGACGGGGAGGAGGAUGAGGGCGAGGAGGGCAAGACCAAGAAGGAUGCCGAUGGUGCUGUCGAGGGCGUCAAAGAUACUGCUGAAGGUGCCAAGGACGACGUCAAGGACGCUGCUGAAGACGCCAAGGGCGCUGCUGAAGAUGCCAAGGGCGAUGUCGAAGACAAGGCCACCGAUGUUGAGGAUGAACUUCCCGGUGUUGAGGCGCUCGAGGGUCUUGAGGUCAACUCCGAGGGUGAGGUCCUGAACGAUGAUGGCGAAGUUGUUGGCCAAGUCGGUGAGGACUUCGAGGGCGAUAUCAAGGAGCUUAAGGGUCUCACCGUCAACGAGAAGGGUGAGGUCGUCGACUCUGAGGGCAAUGUUCUCGGCAAUGUCGAGCUCGCUGAGGGCGCCGCCGACAAGCUCAAGGAGUCCGCCAAGGACGCUCUCGACAUCCGCAUCUUGGACGGCCUAAAGGUCAACAAGAAGGGCAAGGUCCUUGAUGCCGAGGGUGAGGAGAUUGGUGAGCUUGUUGAGGGCGAGGUCAAGGACUGUGCUGGCAAGACCAUCAACGACAAGGGCGAGGUCCUCGACAAGGAGGAUAAGCCUAUUGGCAAGGUUCAGGUCAUUGCUGGUGAGGCUGCUUUCGAGGCUCAGAAGGAGCUCAAGGAGCGCCUUGGCGAGAUCGAGCCUGAGGUCAAGGAAGUUGAAGUCACCCCUGAUAUCGAUGUCCUCGAAGGUCUCAAGGUCAAUAAGAAGGGUCAGGUCCUCGAUGAGGAGGGUGAGCCCAUCGGUGAGCUUGCCGAGGGUGACAUCAAGGAGUGCGCCGGCAAGAAGAUCAACGAGAAGGGCGAGGUUCUCGACAAGGACGGUAACGUCAUCGGAAAAGUCAAGCCCCUACCCAAGAUUAUCGAGCAGCAGGUCGACCGGGCUGAAGAUGCAGCCGAGGGCGUUGAAGACGCUGAAGAGGGUGCCGAGGACGCUAAGGCUGAGGCCGAAGAUGCUCAGGAUGCCGCCGAAGACGCUCAGGAUGCUGCUGAGGAUGCUGCUGAAGAUGCUGCUGAGGAUGCUGAAGAUGACGCUGAGGGGGCUGCCGACGACAACCGACCACCUCUGUCCAUCCUUGACGGACUUACUGUCAACAAGUCCGGCAAGCUCAUCGACAACAACGGCAACAUUGUUGGUGAGCUCAUCGAGGGUGACGCUAAGAAGCUCUCCAAGUCUGGCAUCACUGCCGAUGCCGAGGGUCAGUUUUGGGACAAUAAGGGCAAAGUCAUCGGCCGUGCUCAGACUGUUCCCCAGGAGGAUGCUGAGGAGGAAGCUCCUUUUGCUGGUCUUGAGGGACUCAUCGUUGUCAAGGACGGCUACGUUGAGGACGAGAACGGCAACCGUGUCGGCCAAGUCGUCGAGGGCGACGCCAAGAAGCUCAUUGGCCGUGCCGUUGACGAGGAUGGUGAUAUCCUCGAUAAGAAGGGCUCAGUCGUUGGCCACGCUGAACGCUACGAGGAAGAGGAGGCGCCUGAGGAAGACGAACCUGAGGCUGAAGAUCUUUCGAUCUUGAAGGGCAAGACUGUCAACAAGCAGGGUAACGUCAUCGGCGACGAAGGUAUACCCAUUGGUCGCCUCGUUGAGGGUAACGCUAAGGAGCUCAACGGACGUCAGAUCGAUGGGAAUGGUCAGAUCUGGAACGAUGCUGGCAAGGUCAUCGGUCGCGUCGAACUCAUUCCCGAGAAUGAGCGUGAGUCCAAGCCUGAGGGCAUCUUUGGCGGCCUUGAGGGCCUGCGUGUCGUCGCUGACGGCAAGGUUGCUGAUGAGGAUGAGAACAUUGUCGGCGAGGUUGUUGAAGGCAAUGCUAAGCGCCUCAUUGGUCUCCGCGUUGACGAGGAUGGCGAUAUUCUUGACAAGUUCGGUAAUGUCAAGGGCCACGCCGAGCCUAUUGAAGAGGAGGAGCCCGAGGAGGAGGCUCCCGAGGACCUCUCUGCCCUUGAGGGUCUUACUUUGAACAAGCAGGGCAAGCUUGUCAACCAAGAGGGUAUCCCUAUCGGCCGCCUGGUCGAGGGCAACCUGAAGGAACUUGCAGGCCGCAAGUCCGACGGCGAAGGCCUCAUUCACAACGACACCGGAAAGGUUGUUGGCCGUUGCGAGCUGAUCCCUGAGAACGAGCGCGAGUCCAAGCCCGAAGGUAUCUUCGGUGGCCUCGAGGGUCUUCGCGUCGUUGCCGAUGGCAAGGUUGCUGAUGCGGACGACAACAUCGUUGGUGAAGUUGUUGAGGGCAACGCUAAACGUCUUGUCGGCUUGCAUGUCGAUGAGGAUGGAGACAUUCUUGAUAAGUUCGGCAAUGUCAAGGGUCACGCUGAGCCAAUUCAGGAGGAAGAGGAGGCUGCUCCUGCUGACUUGUCCAGCCUCGAUGGCCUCACCCUUAACAAGCAAGGCUACCUUGUCAACAACGAGGGUAUCCCUGUCGGUAAGCUUGUUGAGGGCAACCUGAAGGAGCUUGCUGGACGCAAGUCUGACGGUGAGGGUCUCAUCCAUGGAGACACUGGCAAGAUUGUCGGACGUUGCGAGCUCAUUCCUGACAACGAACGCGUCACUCGCCAGGAGGGACCUUUUGCCGGCUUCGAAGGCCUCCGUGUCGUCAAAGAUGGAUUCGUCGAGGACAAUGACGGCAACCGUGUUGGUCAGAUCACCGAAGGUGAUGCGAAGAAGCUCGUCGGUCACUCUGUUGACGAAGACGGUGACAUCAUUGACAAGUACGGGAAUGUCAAGGGCCAUGCUGAGCCUUUCGAGGAAGAUGAGGCUGAGGAGGUCGACCUGUCGGCUCUUGCUGGCUGCACCGUCAACAAGGCCGGCAACAUCGUCGACUCUUCCGGCACCAUCCUUGGCCGCGUCUCCGAAGGUGACCCAGCUACUCUCGUCGGUAAGAAGGUCGAUGGCAAGGGCCAGAUCUGGGACAAUGCUGGAAACAUCGUCGGUAAGGCUGAGCUCGUCCACGGCGCCUCAUCCGGACCAGAGGGACCAUUUGCUGGCUUCGACAACAACACUGUCGCCAAGGAUGGUACCGUCCAGACUGCCGAUGGCUCCAUCAUUGGUCGUGUCAUCGAGGGUGACAUCAAGAAACUCACUGGCCACCACGUCGAUGAGGACGGCGACAUCAACGACAAGAACGGCAACGUCAUCGGUAAGGCCGAGCGAUGGGAGCCUGAGGAGAAGGAGCGCCGCAUCAACCCCAUGUCUGGCAUGCGUGUAAACAAGGAGGGCGAGGUCCGUGACGAGAACGGCGAUAUCAUCGGUCGUCUCACUGCUGGUGAUCUUGGUCACUGCGCUGGUCUUGAGAUCGAUGACAAUGGCUACGUCAUUGACAACGACGGCAACAAGGUCGGAGAAGUCACUCUUCUGGAAAACAUCCAGGAAGAAGAGGUUCCCGAGGACGAGACCGACGAGGAGAGGCAACGUCGUGAGGACUCCGAGCUCGCUGACAAGAUGGCCGCCAUCUGCCAGCAGACUCUGGAGCGUGUCCAGCCUGUAAUGAAGCAGAUCACCGAGCACAUCGAGAAGGCCGACCGGACACCUCGCGACGAGCUCGACGAGGAGGAGCUGGUCAACAAUGUCAAGCCUCUCAUCGAAGAGGGUGGCCGCAUCCUGAACGAGUGCAACGGCUCGCUCCGUGGUCUCGACCCCGAUGGCCGCAUCGCUGCUCAGGCUAAGGGUCGUCAGCAAACGGGCGAAGCUUCGCCCGAGGAGUACAAGCUGGCCGACUGCUUGAAGGAGCUUACGUCUUCUGUUGUCACUACUAUCGACAACGCAAAGAAGAAGAUCUCCGACAUGCCCCACGCAAAGAAGAAGCUCAACCCUCUCUGGGCUCUGCUCACCGAGCCUCUCUUCCAGAUCAUCGCCGCUGUUGGUCUGCUGUUGACUGGUGUUCUCAAUCUUGUCGGCAAGCUCCUCAACGGCCUUGGUCUUGGUGGACUGGUCAACGGUCUUCUGGGUGGUCUUGGAAUCAACAAGCUGCUCAGCGGCCUUGGCCUUGGUGGUCUCUUCGGUGGUGACAAGGACAAGAAGAAAAAGAGCGGCGGCGGCGCGAGCAACAUCCCUCUCGUAGGCGGCCUGCUCGGUGGCAAGUAAACGUUGCGUCGGACAGACGUGAGCGGUACGAUGUUGAUGAUUUCUGUUGGCUUAAAAUGAUACCACACACCAUCGAUACGAGGGAAUGAAACCUUUAGUUCUGGCUGGAAGAUCGGGGGGUUUGAAGGUCGGCUCUGGAGGUGCUCAGACUUGAGAUCGAUGGCUCGGAUGUAUAAUGUUUUCAAGCGUCCUUGUUG